ACUGGUCAAAAUCAGCCGCUGUAAUUGUACAAAGAAGCAACUCUGUAGAGUUUAGACUUUAGAGUUAGACGAGUAUUAAAUUCAGAGGGGAGGUUCGCUUCACAUUCAAAACCGUCGAAAACAGAGUUCAAACUUCAUUCAUCUACACAAUUGUCUCCAGUUUUCGAGGGCCCAGCCUCUUCCGAAGUAGGAGUCAACUGGUGAUAUGGAAAGAAAUUUAGUCCAACUAUUGGUUGCAGCAGUUCUUUCAGCUGCAAUUUCCAUCAGGUCAUAUAGAAAGAAGUCCCUUGACCUUUCUGGAGCUCUUUCUGGUUUCGCUGUUAUGACAAUUCAUUUUGCCAUCAAUUACAGGUUUGGUGCUCUGUUACUUGCCUUCUUUGUUUCUUCUUCAUUGUUAACUAAAGUUGGAGAGGACAAAAAGAAGAAAGUUGAUGCAGAUUUUAAGGAGGGUGGUCAACGCAAUUGGAUACAAGUUUUCUCUAAUAGUGGUAUAGCAACAAUUUUAGUCCUGAUUGCUUGGACACAAGUGGGCAUGCAGGACUUUUGUCUAAAUUCAAAAGAAUCACGUCUCAUGACAUAUCUAGCUGGUGGCAUUCUUGGUCAUUACUGUUGCUCAAAUGGAGACACAUGGUCAUCUGAGCUCGGGGUUCUCAGUGAUGAGCAACCACGGCUUAUUACAAACUUCAAGCCAGUUCAGAAGGGUACUAAUGGCGGUGUGACAAAGGCAGGAUUUCUUGCUGCUGCAGCUGCAGGCUCUGUGCUUGGACUUACAUUUGUUAUCUUGGGAUUUCUGACUACCAACUGCACUUUCAAUGUAGCUAUGAAGCAGCUAUUGUUGAUACCAAUUUCUGCUCUUUCGGGAUUGUGUGGAAGUGUUAUCGAUUCUUUAUUGGGAGCAACCCUCCAAUACAGUGGUUUCUGCAGUGUCCGAAAGAAGGUUGUGAGUAAAGCUGGACCGACGGUGAAGAGGAUAUCGGGUCUUAGCAUACUGAACAACAAUGCAGUGAAUUUUGUGUCGAUUCUGUUAACGAGUGCGCUGACUUCCAUAGCUUGUUCAUGCAUAUUCUGAAGGUUUGCACUUACAAUUAGAUGGUAAAGAUCUUGAAUUCCAUGUGUAACAAAUAAUGUUGGAGCAUGAUUUCAAUCAAUAAAAUGUUUUUGCAAUCCUCA